CAAUUCCAACAUCCCUUUCCAAUCCUCCACGAAUCCAUCCAUCCAUCUCCUAGGACUCAUCCUACCACUUUCAAACUUCAAACCAAAACCCAAUACAAAACAGCCAAAAUGUUCCGCACCGCUCUUGCCCGCCAGGCCCGCCUCUUCUCCACCUCCCCGGUCGUCCGCAAGAGCCCCGUCGAGACCGUCAAGGACGCCGCCAAGGCAGUCGACCGAACCAUUUCCGAUGCCGCCGUCAAGGGAAUCGAGACCGGUGAGUCCGCCGCCCAAGCCGUGAAGGAAGCCCUCCCCGAGUCCGCAGGCCAGGCAAAGGGCCAGGCCCACGAGGCCGCCGGAGAGGCGAAGGGCAAGGCCAGCGAGCUCGCCGGCGAGGCAAAGGGCAAGGCGCAGGAGCUCAAGGGCCAGGCUAAGGCCAAGGUCCAGUAGAGUGACAUCUACUUGACUACUUUACUCACCCUUCGUCUUCAAUUCGGACGAAUGAAUGAACGAACGAACGACCUGUUAGCACCGGGGAAAAAUGAGCCUGGAUGGAGGGGGGAGGCUAGCUAGCUGCUUCUCUUCUUGUUGAGAUGUCUUUGGGUGCUGGAGAACGGUUUGACGAUUGCAUGCAUGCAUAAUGGCGUAGUUGUCUUUUGACACCUUCCUCCCUGGCUCCUGUUCUAUAUUUAUGGCAUUGUCUGCUUGCUCAUACAUAAAAGAUAGGGCAGGAUAAGACGUGACAGGGCAUAACAGAGCAAGGCAGGAUAUGGGAGGGGUUAUGUAUAAUGUUAAUGAAAUUAAUCAAAUUCAAAAAAAAGUGCAACAUCUUCACCA